UCAAGGCAAACAAAGCGGCGCGGCCGCGACUACAUCAGGUGCGCCUCCGCUCGGGAACCGCGCCCUCGUCGAGGAGGUCGCGUGGCCGGAGUCGGGAGCUCGAGGACGUAACCCGAAACGUGGCACCGAUAGGAGCGUCGAGUACAGGCAACCUGGCCGGUCAGGGCCAGAGCGGUGAGUCAGAGUCAGGCGGGACCAGUCCAGUCUGCGCCCGCCCGUCGAGACGAGCGCGCCGGCCGCCGGGACCACGACGCUCCGUCCUCUGCUGCGCCAGCUCAGCUGAUCGCCGCCGCCGCCAUGUCCAGCCGCGUGAUGCUGCGUCUGCUCGGGUCGCCGAGUGGCGCUCGCGGUGCCUACAAAGUACUCUGUGGUGGUGCCCACCGGGGGCGCCUCGUCUGGAGGCCUCUCAGCGGCCAGGCCGGUGACACGCCGCGGCUUAGCUACAUGCACAUGCCCGGGAGCGAUCCGCUGCUGUACCUGUCGCUGGGGCAGCUCGUUGAGAGGACGGCCCUGCAGCACGGCCAGCGGGAGGCCCUCGUGGCCGUGGAGGAGGGUGUACGCCUCACAUACCAGCAGCUCUUGGAAAAGGCAGACCGCCUGGCUGCCGGCCUAAUCCGCCUCGGACUGCAGCCCGGGGACCGGGUCGCACUCUGGGGGCCGAACUCGUGGCGCUGGAUCGUCACCAAGAUAGCGCUCGCGCGAGCAGGCAUGGUGUCGGUGGACAUGAACCCCAUGUACCUCGAGCCGGAACUGAACCACUGCCUGUCGUUGGCGCGCGUGGCCGCGGUCGUGGCCGCCGAGAACCACCGCGGUGUCGACUUCCAUGGCUUGCUCUGCAACGUGGUCCCGGAGCUGCCCCGCAGCGAUCCGGGGACGAUUCGGUCCGCCGCCCUGCCGGACCUCAAAGUGGUCGUCACCAUGGCGGACAGUGCGAAGCCGGGCUGCUUCAACUUUGACGAGGUCCUCUCAUCCACCUCGGCCGAGGAGGUUGCCGAACUCCAAGCCCUCAGCAGGACCGUGUGCCCCGACUCGGGCAGCUACAUUCAGUUCUCAUCGGGGACGACGGGCAAGCCUAAGGCCAUCGUGCUGUCGCACAUGUCGGUGGUGAACAACGGCUACUUCAACGGCAAGCGGUUCGGCAUGCACGAGAAGCACCACUCAAUCCUCCUGCAGAAUCCGCUGUUCCACGUUUUCGGCAGUGUUGUCGUCCUGAGCGCGGUCCUGAACCACAGCGCCACCCUCGUCCUGCCCACCGUCGGCUACGACCCCGCCAAGAGCAUCGACGCUGCACUCGCGGAGCAGUGCUCAGUGAUGACGGGGACCCCCACUAUGUACGUGGACCUGGUGGGCGCCGUGGAGAAGAAGGGCGCCCGCAUGGACUCCCUGGACCUGGCCGUCACCGGCGGGGCACCCAUCACGCCCGAGUUCGUCCGCAGGAUGAAGAGCACCCUCGGUGUCAAGAGGAUCUGCAGUGUGUACGGGCUGUCGGAGACGACCGCCGUGGUCUUCCAGGGCACCAAGGACGACACCCUGGAGCAGACAGCCGCGACUGUGGGACGGCUGUGUGAAAACAUAGAGGCCAAAGUGGUGGAUCCGGAUGGCAACAUGGUGCCAUUCGGCACCCCGGGCGAGCUGUGGAUCCGUGGGUACACCAACAUGCUAGAGUACUACCAGAACGAGAAGGCCACGCGCGAAACACUCGUCAAUGGCUGGGUCAGGACGGGCGACAAGUUUGUCAUCCACGAGGACGGCUUCGGUCGCAUCGUCGGCAGGCUCAAGGACAUGGUCAUCCGGGGAGGAGAGAACAUCUACCCCAAGGAGGUGGAGGACAUCCUGACCACGCACCCCGACAUCGCGGAGGCCGAGGUGGUCGGCGUCCCGGACGAGAGGAUGGGCGAGGAGCUGUGCGCCUGCCUCAAGGUCCGCGACGGCGCCACCGUCGGCUCCAUCCACCUGAGGCAGUUCAUGGACGGGAAGAUUGCGCGGUACAAGAUCCCGCGCUACUCCAUCACACUGCCAGAUUUUCCCAAGACUCAGUCUGGGAAGAUACAGAAGUUUAAACUGCGUGAGACCUGCGUCGCCCUGCUGAGUCAAGGGAAGCUCGACGAUUCAAGGAAGUCACAGAAGUAGAGUUGUACCUGCACUCUGCGGCCGACGAACAAUUAAAAACGAGACUGACUUAA